AUGGCGUAUACAACCAAAUUUUCUAUAACAGAUUUGAUUCAUUCAGAUCCAAGAUAUAAAACAUUAAAAGAUAGAUUAGAUGGGUUUAGAAAGGGUUCAGAUGAAUAUCUGUUAGCCCUUAUGGAAGAAUUGCCAUUGAAUAGUUGGCCUGACUAUAAGUUUUUCUUACAAUGCCAAGCCUCGCCAAUAAAUGGCACUUCUCAACCAAAUACAAGCCUGGUAUACAGAAGUACUCUUUCACACAAUCAUUUAAUUACUUGUACUGAUCAUCAUUUAAAAACAUAUUUCGACCAUUUUCAAUUCGCAGUAAGAAUGUGGCCGAAUAAUCAUUGUCUUGGUAUCAGACCCUUUGAUCCAAGUACAAAACAGUGGCAAAAUAAAUACGUUUGGGAAACUUACCAACAGAUAUUUGACAGAGCUCAAAACCUUGGCUCUGGUAUUUUAUCCUUGGUGAAUGUCAAAAACAGAUCGAAUUUAAAGGAUAACAAUUUCAUCGUGACUAUCCUCUCACAUAAUAAUCCACAAUGGGUGAUCACAGAUUUGGCAUGCCAGUGUUACGAUUUGACUAACUCCUCAUUGUAUGAGACCCUGGGAAGUGAUACCUCAGAAUAUAUCCUGAAUUUAACAGAGAGUCCAGUUCUUUGUUUCAGUGUUGUUAAUCUCUAUAAAAUUUUGACUAUUUUGCCUAAAUUAAAAUAUAUAAACACUUUAAUAUGUUUGGAUGAACAGGACGAACAUAAAUUGAAUUCUAUCAAUGAAACAUUAUUGAAUAAUAGUAUUAAAAACUCCCUGGGAGAAAAAGUGACUUUACACUCAAUGAAGCAUGUAGAGACUAUCGGAUCAAUGACAAAGGUCCCCCUUAUUUUACCUACUCCAAAAUCUGUAUAUACAAUCUCUUUCACAAGUGGGACUACUGGUUUGCCUAAAGGUGUUAAGAUAACUCAACAAAUUAUUGCCUCUGGAAUCGCUUUUGCCUUAUCCACUUUCAAGAUCCCUACGCAUAAGAAAUCAAAACAAUUAUAUGAUUUAUGUUUUUUACCAUUAGCACAUAUUUUUGAAAGACAAAUCUUAGCAUAUGGCUUAACAAGAGGCACAGGAAUAGGUUUCAUCCAUAAACCUGAUCCAACUGUGCUAGUAGAAGAUUUACGGAUUUUAAAACCUGAUUCAUUAGCACUAGUCCCGCGUAUCUUGACUCGUUUUGAGGCAGGUAUUAAGACUAAUUUAUCAAGGACUGCCCUUCAAAGGAGUUUAGCUACCGGAAUAAUUGAUGCAAAAAGUGAGAGAUUCACUAGUGAAUCCGGCACUGAUAAGUCUAUAAUGAAUUUUUUGGUUUACCACAGAGUCCUGAUUGAUAGAGUCAGAGAUGGUUUAGGAUUAAAUAACACAAGUUACGUAAUCACAGGAUCGGCACCAAUCUCAAAGGGCACUUUGUUAUUUUUAAGAUCAUGUCUUGAUAUCGGUAUGAGACAGGGCUAUGGGUCCACUGAAUCCUUUGCUGGAAUUUGUCUCAGUGAGCCAUAUGAAAAGGACCCAGGAUCUUGUGGUGCUAUUGGGAUUACAGCGGAAUGUAGAUUAAGAGAUGUACCCGAAAUGAAUUAUUUUACACAGAGGGAGUUAAAGGGUGAAUUACAAUUACGUGGCCCUCAGGUAUUUUCUCAGUAUUUUAAAAAUGAAAAAGAUACAAAAGAUGCAUUCGAUGAAGAUGGGUGGUUUUCUACUGGUGAUAUUGCUAUGAUCGACAAAAAGGGACGUUUAUACAUAAUUGAUCGUGUUAAGAAUUUUUUCAAGUUAUCUCAUGGGGAAUAUAUUGCUCCAGAAAGAAUUGAAAAUAUUUAUUUAUCCUCAUGUCCAUUUAUUACACAGAUAUUUGUAUAUGGGGAUUCUUUGAAAUCAUUUUUGAUUGGUGUUGCAAGUAUUGAUGUCGAUGGUAUAUUAAAGCUAUUGAACAAUAUCAGAUAUGAUGAUGGUACCAAAGAAAAAAAUUUCAUCCAUUGGGAUAUUGAUACUUUAAUUGUUAAUAUUAAUAAAAAUACUAAUUUGAAAAAAUGUAUAUUAGUGGAGAUCAACAAUUUUUGUCAUGAUAGUUUGCAAGGUUUUGAAAAAUUACACAAUAUUUAUCUUGGUAUUGAUUUAAUGACUGUUAGUAAUGAUUGUGUGACACCAACAUUGAAAAUUAAAAGGUUACAGACAACAAAAUUUUUUAAAAAUGAGUUAGAUUUACUAUAUAAUGAAGGAUCUCUCUUCAAAAACAGUAAGUUGUAA